AUGUUUUGCACAACGGAGGUCAUACGCAAUCGCCUCCAAUCCGUUAUCUCCAUCGUCGACGAUGUGUGUAAGAUUUCGGGUGCUCCGUCAGCAUCCGUGGGUAUACUCCACGACAAUAAGAUCAUCUUCACCAAGGGCCACGGAACAGUUGUCGGCAACCAGCCUAACCUUAAACCACGUCAUCCUGGUCCCGAUACAGUUUACGGCAUAGGGUCCAUAACAAAGAGCUUCGUCGUCGCAUGUCUUGCAAAGGUCCGUGGGGAGGGCAAGGAGGCCAAAUUUGAUUGGAGUACACCGAUAGAGGAUCUCCUCGAGGGUUUCGAGACGGAUGAGAAAAUUCAGCACAUGGCAACUCUUUCCGAUUGCAUCUCUCACCGAACAGGACUCAGUGGCGACAUGUCCAUCGCCCAUCAAGGCGAUCAAGAGUUCCUCCUCACAAAAGAUGAACUCCUUCCAGCGGUUGCGACACUCGAGAAAGUCGGACAAUUUCGAAACGAUUGGAUCUACAAUAACUGGGGCUACAGUCUCGCUGGCUUAGUUCUGGAGAAGUUCUCAGGGAGGUCAUUUGAGGACUCUCUGCGAGAGUACGUCGUCGAACCGUUAUUACUACACAGCACAACAACAAAGCCAGACCCAUACGGAGACUUUGCCUUUGCUCACGUAGCACUGGACAAUGGAGACAUUCACCAACUGCCCACCAAGAUCCCCUUUGACAAGAGCAUAUUCGAAACUGCUGGGGGCAUCUACUCGAGCGUCAGCGAUCUUCUUGCAUGGGCAAAAGCGAUUCUUGCUGCUGAACAGAAGUUAUACUCCGGUCCUUUGAAGGAAGUCCCAACUGUCUUGAGCAACCAAGUGCCUCUAGACAAUCCGUCCAGGGAUCAUCGUUUCUACGGCUACGGAUGG